AUGUCUGACCUUCGCUCUCCCACGUCAAUCCACCCGGCGCUGACAAACCCCGACAACUUCAGCUUCCCCCUCCCCUCCAUCGAUGAAAUUUCUCCUCUCAAAAACAAGAAAGACGUCCAGUCUCACAGCUCUGCGAAUAAUGGUCUGAAAGGAUCUGGGGGCAUUGGAGACAUUCUCCUGCGCGAAUACGCACAACAGCUUGGUCCUCUGAACAUAACACAUUCAUACGACAUUGACAAUGAUCCGUCCGAGUCCUCCUUCUCUGCUGCUACCACAGUAGGCCAAAAUUCGCCGAGCGACUCUGCAUCUGUUCCUUCAUCUCCCGUUUUUCCGUCACGGCUCUCGAAGCCUGCUUUCACGCACCGCAAAAACGCGUUGUCCGUCGAGUCCAUCCCUAGACAAACUAUCAUCAAGGCAUUGGCGUCGGCAGGAAGAAAUCAUAAUCCCCGGGACUUGUCACUUUCAGGGAUGGUAUCGUCACAAAAUCAAAUGGAGAACCGACCGGGAACAUCUACAUCGCAAAGGCUGUCUGCGGCUCUUUCAGAUCUUGCUCUACGUAACGGCACGCCCACGACACCCCGGUUCAACUCGCUACAGUCACCGUGUUUCUAUCACGAACGAUUCGACGAUGUUCUAAACAUUGACAAGGUGUUGGAGGAGAUCAGAGGUAACGAGUGGAUGUCUCAUUCUCGACUUUUGGCUACUGCCACUGGAGUUCGGGAAAUCUCAAAACAAUUACAACGUCGCCCAAUCAAGAGAGCCGUUCGCAACGUCAUGAUCGUUACCAAGGCCAGAGACAACCAAUUGGUGCAUUUGACCAGAGAGCUUGCAACAUGGCUCAUGAGGACUCCUAGAUACGGCUCGGAGCUCGGCGUAAACGUCUACGUUGACGCAAAGUUACAGAGCUCGAAACGAUUCGGUGCCGAACAGAUGUUGGAGGACCACCCUCGUUUCCAACAUUUACUCAAGUACUGGAAACCGGAAAUGUGUCGAAACCAACCCGAGAAGUUUGACCUGGUUUUAACACUUGGGGGCGAUGGGACAGUGCUGUUCACAUCUUGGCUUUUCCAGGGCAUCGUUCCUCCAAUUCUUUCGUUCAGCCUCGGCAGUUUGGGAUUCCUGACCAACUUUGAAUAUGACAAGUUCAAAGACCAGUUGAACAAGGUCAUGGGCGAAGAGGGUAUGCGAGUGAGCAUGCGAAUGCGAUUCACAUGUACUGUCUACAAAGGAGGCGCAUCGAGAAACGAUCCCGAAGAGGCCGAGCAGUUUGAGGUACUCAACGAGCUCGUCAUUGACCGUGGACCAUCUCCCUACGUCUCCAACCUCGAGCUAUAUGGAGACGACGAGUUACUUACCGUUGUACAAGCGGAUGGCUGCAUUUUCGCCACUCCAACUGGUUCGACGGCGUACUCUCUCUCAGCUGGUGGCUCUCUUGUUCACCCAGACAUCCCCGCCAUCCUCCUCACACCUAUUUGUCCCCACACAUUGUCCUUCCGGCCAAUGGUCUUGUCUGACACGAUGUUACUUCGUGUCUCCAUCCCACGGAAUUCUCGUGCCACAGCGUACUGUUCGUUCGAUGGUAAGAACCGUGUGGAAUUGAAGCAAGGCGAUCACAUCACCAUUGCAGCAUCGCAAUACCCAUUUCCCACUGUCAUGAAAUCAGGUGCGGAAUGGUUCGAGAGUGUAUCGUCGUCUCUCAAGUGGAAUACCCGAGGCGCAGCCCAGAAAGGUUGGGAUGGUCUUGAGGAAAAUCAAGAGCAAGAGACGGAAUGGGAUAUCGACUUUGAUGAUUCGGCCUACGGAACCAGCGAGGAAACAAGCACGGCGACAAGUCCUCUGCGAAAGAAGACAAGCUCGAUAGACUUGUAG